GAUGCAGUUACCAGCGACCUCAAGGCUGUCGAGCUUGAAAAGCCUUUGCAGAAACUCUGUGCGCUGUGCCGGCAGCAGCUAAUGUUCUUGUGCAUGGACUGAGAAGGAGGUGCAAAUAUGGAGGAGCGGAUUGCAGAGCCGGGUGGAGAGGCGCUUGCCCUACAAAACUUGCUAGCAGAACUCGCGGACUUGAAGCAAGGCCUGCUGCACGAAAGCACUACCAUUGACAAUCCCACGUACGAGGACGGCCGACAGUUGUCGCUGCCCAGCGUCCAGGACAAGCUCCAACUGGACGUGCCGGUGGCUGAUCUGAAUGAUUCUCUCGAAGACAUCGUCGCCAAUGACUCGCAGCUGCAGUAUAUCCUCAGCCCUCAGGCAGAGAAUGCUGUCGAGUCCUUUCGCGACGCCGCUGACCAUACACCACAGCCGCCCGCGAGCAGGCCAGCAGCCUCAGACGUGCAGGGCAGCCCAGACUCCGGCCUCGCCGGCCUGCUUCCGGAACAGCCCGGCGACACGGCAACGUCGCUGCUGGCCGAGGAGGGCCUUGACGAGUUCCUGGCACGAGGAGACGCCGCCCUCGCCUCAGCAGUGUCCACACCGGCGCCGUUACCGAGGUCGUUCACACCAGCAAGCUCAGGGGCAGCUCAGGGACGAACACCGGCGAGCGCUGCGCACGGCGGGGCCUCUAACCCAGCAGCGGCGGCCACGCCACAAUCUGCGGCGACCGCUGCCGCAAAGACGCCCCUGUCAAGCUCGCACCGCACCGGCUCCAGUCGCAUCGGGAAACCAGCGGGCUCAGGACCCGCAAGCACGCCGACAGCUGCGGCUGCGGGGCGCGGCCUCGCUUCGGGCACAGCUGCUACGCCGGGUUCGCGCAGAAGCGCCGGCGGCGCUGGCAGCGCGCUCACAACCCAGGCCACCACCGGCACGGCUGCGCGCACGCCCGGCUCUGCCUCCCACCACGCUGCCGUGCCGGGUUCUGCCUCCACACCGGCUGGCGGCGCGCGGACGGUGCGCCAGAAGCUGGCGUCAGCGGUCACCGCCAUAGGUGCCGCCACCGCCUUCGGCCGCGCCAGCGGCGGACCUGGGCGCGCCUCGGGAUCCAUGGGCUCUAUGAACAGCCCCGCCGGCAGCAUCGGUGCCGGCAGUGGCAUCAGCCGGACUCCGGCCGGUGCCACUCCGGUGGCGGCUGUCAACGCGCGCAAGCGCGGGCAUGAGGCCGCAGGUGCCAGCACGCCAGCGCUCAAAGCGCCCGCCGCGGCGACGGGGAGUGCGGGCGGGCCUGGCCGGUUGGGCCGGUCGCCCAGCACUGCCGCUGCAAUAGCUGGGGUAGGAGCAGCAGCGGCGGCAGCACAGCAGGCCGGCGGCAAGGCCCCUGCGCGGUCGGCAACCGUGAGCAGCCAUGCGCCCGCGCAGGCAGCCGCGUUGCACGCGGCCGCGCACCCAGUGGCACAGGGUGCCGGCCAGGGCCCCAGUGCCUCCGGCGUGUCAGCCUCAGGCCCCGCAGCCAAGCCCGGUCUGUUUGGCCGGCGGCCGGCGGCCGCACCAAAGCAUUCCGGUGUCGCGGCGGUCAAAGCGGCGGAGCUGCUGCAGUGCGAGGGCUCGGCGCUCUCAUUGACGCUGCCGACUAGUUUGGGCCAGGAUGCGGCGGGCGCGGGGGCGGAGGACGACCUCGCGGGUGAGUCGCUUGAGUCGUACCUGGAGAACGACCCCGCGCUCAACAGCUGGCUGGCAGCAACCAAAGACGUCACGGCGCCCAGCCCUAGCGGCUCAGCGGCGGCGGGCGGCGGUGGUGGUGGUGCGCUGCCACGCCAGAGCAGUGACGAGCUGCUGCAGCCGCUGGCGGCGGCGAUGGCGGCGGGCGCCGGCGCCGGCGCCAGCCUGCUUGAUGACGCGGAUGACUUGGACAUGGACACUGAGAUGAACAUGAUGCUGCACGACGCGGCCGCGCCAGUAGCGGCGGCGGCGGCAGCAGCAGCAGCAACUGCUAUGGGCGGGCCCACAGCGCAGGCCAUGUCGCCUGGCGCGCCCAAGGUGAGCGCCGGCGGCAUCAGCAAUGCCUCCGACGGCCUGGAUGAUGCAGCAAUGGCGGGUAUCGCUGCGGAAGCCGCGGCCGCGGUGGCCGCGACGGGCGGUGCAAGUUGCGGUGCCGGCAACGGCAGCCGUGGCGCUCCGCAGCUGUCCAGCGAGGAGAUGUGGCGCAGCGUGAAGCGCGAGGCCAGCGGCUUCGCCAUGCUGACGUCAGAUGGCGGCGGCGACGCGAAAGAGAUGGAGCUGGAGCAGGCGCAGCAACAGCAGCAGGAGGUGGAGCUCGAGCAGCAGCGGCAGCAGCAAGCCCAGCAGGUGCAGGCGCACCUGCAGGAGCAGCAGGAUGAGGCCGCCGCCGCGGCGGUGGCGGCCGCCGCCGCGGCAGCAGUAGCGGCGGCGUCUCCAUCGGCGCUGGACCGGGCGUUGUCACAGCCUCGCCAUGGGCCGGGCGCUCACGCACUGGAUGUAUUCAGCGACAUGGAUUCGGACCCCAACACGCCACAGCACGUCGGCCGGACAGCCCUAGCAGCAACAGCAGGAGCUACGCAGGCGCACAGCCAGCUGCCGCAACCCCUUCCCCGACUAGCGCAUGCCACGCCCUGCCACGACGGGGCUGCCCACAAGGGUGCGGAGGCGGAGGCCGAAGGCGGCGAGGAGGCGGAGGAGCAGCUGCUAGCGGCGGAGGCGGAGGCAGCCGCUGCCGUAGUGGUCGGGAGCGGGAGCGCAGCGACCACACCCACCGCCGGAUCCCGGCCGGCCGACGAGCUGGCGUUUGCAGCUCCGGAGGCAGCCGCAGCAGCAGCCGUGGCUGUUGCAGCCACCGCCGCCGUCGCUAGCUCUACGGCUGAUGCGGAAGGCGCAGCUGCGGGCGGCGGUGGCGUGCGGCCGCUGCAGCACCAGAGCAGCACUGCCUCGUCGUCGGGCUUUGAUGCUGCGGUGGCGUUUGAAGCUGCCAUGAUCAGCAGGCAGCUGGGAGGCAGCAGCGCCGCUGGCGGCUCGAGCUUUGGCGCCCGUGGCGGAAGCGAGUCGGGCAACGGCGCCCGCCCCAGCGGCGCGCGCGCCGCAGCAUAUGCCUCUGUGGAAGAGGGCGAUGAGGAGCUGGCGGCGGCGAGCCCGUCCGGUGCAGCGCCCGGAGUUGCUGCGGUUGCUGCGGAGGAGGUGGAGCUGCAGGUUGCCGAUGAGGUGGAGCUGCAGGUUGCCGAUGUGGUGGAGGCGACUGUGGACGGGGCGGUCGUUGCAGCGCGUCCGGACGCCGAGCCACAGGCAGCGGAGGCGGCGCCAGCAGCAGCAGCAGCAGAGGUACAGGAGGAUCUUGAGAUGCCCGAUGCUGCCUCGGUUGCUCCGGCCGUGCACACUGCAGCUCCGGUUGCGGGAAGCUCGGCCGAGCAAGCUUCGGCACCGGCGCAGGUCGGCGCGAUGGAGGUGCAACCGCACGCAGCAGGGGACGUUGUGAUGGGUGAUGUCGUGCCCGGUGCUGCUGCCGCUGCCACUGGCGCCGUGGCGCUGGGAGCCGCGUCAACCGGGGCAGGCGAGGACCGCGAAAGCGACGGCGACGGUGCAGUGCCGGCUGAACUGCCGCACAAGGCCUCGCCGUUUGCGGGCGCCGCUGUGGCGGCUGCCGCAGCGGCUACCGCGGCCGCCGCCGCGCUCGCGGCAACGGCAUCGCAGCACCACGAAGACGGGCUUGCCGAGGCGCCGGUGCCUGCCGCAGAUGGCGGCUUGGAAGCAACGGCUGCGCGCAAGCGCGCGCGCCUGCUUUCCUCGUCGUCAUCUGCUGGGCCGGUGGCGGAGGGGCUAGAGGGGGGCUCGGGGCCUGCGGCGAUGGACGCCGCGGCGGCGUCCGUGCACUCAGGAGGCGGCGGCACCGGCAGCGCAGUUGGCUCGCCACUGAUGGGUCGCACGGCCAGCGCGGGCGGCGUGGGCUCUCCGGCCGCGGAGCGCUUGGCUUCGGAUGCGUCUUUGGCUUCGCACGGGUCUGCGUUUGCGUCGCCGGUGGCCAUGGCGGCUGCCAGCGCCGCCAUUGAGUCUAGCAGCGCGGUCGGCAACGGCCUGACGCGCGUCUCGCCGGAGUCCAUGCCCUCGGACACGUUCAGCCUCAACAUCGAUGAAAUAGGUUCGCGCAUGAACAGCGCCGCCGGCGGCCCGCCGCCCCGCGCCGCCCUGACACCAAGGAGCUGGGGCGGCAGCGCCACCAGCACCAUUGGUGGCGGCAGCGCCGUGGUCACCGCCGCGGCUUCUAGCCCGCGCGUGUCGCACCAGCAGACCAGCGCCUCCGGGGAGGCCGGCGUUGGCAGCCCAGUGCCUUCCAAGCCGCCGCUGGCCACCACGCCGCCCAAGGCCACGCCACCUGCCGCCGCGGCUGCAGCGCCCGCGGCCCACUCAGGGGACGGGCAGCCGGAGCAGCUGCUGCAGGCGUGGCAGGUGCUGGCGCCGGUGGCAACCGGGGCCUCGGACGGCGUCGAGGUCGAGCUGUCGCCGUCAGCAGCGGCGGGGCGGGCCGCGCUCGGCGCGCGCACGUCGAUGCGCAGCAUACGGAGCAUGAGCAGCCGCCUCAGCCGCGUCAGCAGCCGCCGUGACGAGGAGGGGGAGCAGCAUGACAGCGUCGGCGGCUCACCCGCGGCUGCGGUGGCGGCCGCUUCGGCGGCUGCCGCGACAGCGGCACUGGGCAGCGCGGCGCAUGGAGCGACGGAGGGCACGGCAACGCCGGCGGCAGCGGCAGCUUCAAACGGAGUUACGCUGCCGGCGCAGCAGCAGCAAUCUGACUCGAGCCCGUUCUUGGGCGGGGCGGCGGCUGCGGCGGCUGCAGUAGCUGCGACAGCUGCGGGCGCGGCGUUCGGCGGGGGCGCAUCACGCCCGGCUGCCGCGUCCAUGGGUGGCGCCGUUCGGCGACCUCACGACAUCGACGACGAGGACGAGGAGCACCUAGUCCCAGCUUGGAAGAUGCUGCGGCCCGUCACGGACAGUGGCGAGGCCGCGACGGCUGCGGCCGGAGCGAGUGGUGCAAGCGCCGCCGGCGGCGCCUCCACCUCCGGGUCUACCAGCGGCGGCGUGGCGCCGCUGCUGGGGCGGCUAGGUAGCCGCCGUUCGCUGCGCAACAUUCCGUUGUCCUCGGGCAGCAGCCGCCUGCAGCGCUCCACCUCCCGCUCCACCAGCCUGUCAGGCGUGGUCGGCGAGGCCGGUGCCGGCGUGGGCGUGGGCAAGUCGGCGCCGAUGGGCGCGGCGGCGCGCAGGGCGGCGCUCGGCGACGACGGCAGCGACGACGACGACGGCGUGCCGCUGCCGCCAGCAUGGAAGGUGCUGGGCAACAGCGCCAGCGGCGAGGCAGCGGUCAACGUGACGCCGGAGGCGGUGGCGGCGGCGCGCGGCGUGCCGCUGGGCUCGCAGCCCAGUUUCCGCAGCGGCCGCACCGGCAGCAGCCGCCUGCACCGCGCCUCCGCAACCGACGCCGAUGACUUUAGCUUUGCGAACGCCUCCGGUGGCGGCGCGCCUGGUGCCGUCGCCACUUGCACUGGCCCCCUAAACAUGGACUCUGAUGGCACCCUGAAUGCGCCGCUGGGCUUGGCCGCCUCGGGCCGGACGCGUUCACGCACCCUGCCCGGCAGCAUCUCCGCCGGCGCCGCCGCCCUGCUCGCAGCCAACGCCAGCCACGACAGCUCAGACAACAGCGGCAGCAACAGCCUAAUGGCAGCGGGCAACUUCGCGUCGGCGGCGGUGGCGGCGCUUGCGCCGUCGCCGCGUGCCGGCGGCGGCGGCGGACCGCCCUCCGCCGGCCAGGUCCUGGUCCCCGGCCCAGCGCUGGUGCUGCGCAGCCCCGUCCCCUCCAUGACGCGCGGCGUCGCCGGCGUGUCCGGAGGCAGCAGCUUCCGCCGCUCCAGCGUAGCCAUGGACGGCGCCGCCGCCGCGGCGGCGGCGGCUGCCGCUGCCGCCGCCCUGGGCACGGUGAGCGAGAGCGGCAGCGUGCCGGGGCCGGCGGCGGCGGCGAUGCUGGCGGCUCGGGUGAGCAGCCGGCGGCUCAUGUCAGACAGCGUUGGCAGCGUGCCGCUGCCGCGGCGGAGCAGCUGCGGUGGGGACCCUAACGUGGAUGCGCUGCGGCCGGCGUGGCAGGUCCUCCCGGUUGCCAUGCCCGUGGCCAACGUCUCGCAGAGCGGCGACGUCGGCACCGGCAGCGCCGGCGCCGGCACGCCCUCCGCCGCCAACAUGCUGGCCAGCAUGCGCAGCAGCAGCCGCCUCAGCCGCAUGAGCAGCGGCAUCCCGGAGGACCUGCUGGCGGAGCUGAAGCUGCAGGCGCAGGCAGCUGUGGGGCACCUGCAGGGUGCCCCGACUGGCGAGGAGGGCGGGGUGCUGCAGACGGACGGCCUGUCCUCUGUCGACGACGAGGAGGCCCGCCUGCCCCCCGGCGUGCACAUGCACACCAGCUCCGGCGCCGCCAGCCUCCACCACCACCACUCGCCGCACCAGCCCGCGGCCGCCGCCGCCACGCCCGCCGCCGGCGACGGCGCCGGCGGCGUCGUCCACGCUUGGAAGGUGCUGCCCCCGCGCGUGCCAGCGCCCUCCACCUCUGGCCUCGGACCGAACGCCGUGGGCGCGGCGCCCACGGCCAUCAACAGAGGCAGCGCUGACACGCCGCCGGCGCUGCCUCCCCCAACGCUCGGCAACAUGCCUGCGCCCAUGCGUAUGUCUUUUGGCGGCCGGCCCACACUGGCGGCGACGAGGGCAGGCAACGCCUCCAGCCGACUGGCUGUGGCGUCGUCGCAGCCCAAGACGCAGGUCAGCUUCGACGCCGGCUCGCCCUCGGUGCGCAGCAGCGGCGGCCACGAGCCCACCAUUGAGGAGGAGCUGCCCGGCCCGGGCGCGCCCAGCGGCGCCGUCAACGCCGCCGCCGCGCUGGCGGACGAUGAUGAGCGCCCGUCCGCCGGCAGCGGCGCCGGCGGCGGCCCCGGCGCGCCGCCGCCGACGGCGCGGCGGCCGCCUGUGCCCAAUGACGAUGCGGUGGUGCAUGCGUGGAAGCUAGUGGCGCCGGUGUCGCCGGCGGCGGCAGUCACGGCGCCCUCCCCCGCCGGCGGCGCCGCCGGCGGCGGCGCGGGCCUGUCGCCGCAGGAGAGUGGCGGCGCACGGCCGCCGGCGCAGCACGUGCUGGGCUCGCGGCCGUCGCUCAAGUCCAUGCGCAGCGGCAGCAUGACCGGCAGCCGCCUCAGCCGCAACAGCAGCGUGCGGCACGAGGACUACGUAGACGAGUCCUACUCGCAGUUGGUUGGCGGCAGCCCCGGCGGCGGCGCCGGACCAGACCACAUCUCGCCGGCGGACUCGGUCAACCAGCGCGCCGUGGCGGCGGCGGCGGCCGCCGCCGCCGUCGCGGUGAGCGCCGCCGCCAACCCGGCUUACCCGACGAACGCGGGGCCAAACAGUGGCAGUGGCGGCGAGGGUGGCGGCGGCGCUGCUGCCGGGGGCAGGGGCUCGGACCGCUCCAGCGCCCCCGCGGCCAUCGGCCCUGGCGCGCUGCCGCCGGGUGUGCUGUACGGCCGCAUGGGGGGCGCCAGCGGCUCCGCCCGCAUGGGUGCGGGCAGCGGCAGCGGGAGCAGCAGCGGCAGCUCCGGCGGUGGCGCAGCAGCUGCCGACGCUGCCGCCGCAGGCGGCGUCCCGUUCCGCCCGCCCCUCACUCGCGGCACCACCACCGGCUCACUGGACGUGCCCACGGCGUUGUCACAGGAGCCGGGCAGCGAGGCGGGCCUGGUGCGGGCACUGGUGGCGCGCGGCAGCCUGCGCAGCCGCACCAGCGCCAGCGGCAGCAGCCGCCUCAGCCGCAUGAGCAGCGCGCGCGACGGCGCGCCCGGCGGCGCUGCGGCGGCCUCGCCCUGGGACCUGGGUGACAUCAGGGAGGAGGACGCGGAGGGCUCCACCAACCCCGGCGAGCGCGUGGGCAGCGCCAGCGGCCCCACCCAAGCUAGUGGUGAUGUGCUGGGCACGCAGCACACGACCGCCUCCGGGGGCAGCAUCACAGCAGCCGGCGGCGUCAUCAGCGCCGCCGCGCGCGACACGCUGGGAGGGCCGCCGCCGGCACGGCCGGCUCGGCUGUCUGGCAGCGGCGUGGCUAAGCCCGCGGGGUUGCAGCUGAGCCGGCGCACGGGCGACGAGGACGAUGAGGAGGUGUUGGAGCCGGCUUGGAAGGUGCUGGGGCCGGCCGCGGCGUCUGGCGACGCUGGGUCGGCAGGCGGUGCCGGCAGCUCGCAGGGCGGCGCUGCCGCCGCGGGUGGCCUCACGCCGGCCUCGCAGCUGUCGACGCCGGGCAGCGCGCGGCGGUCGCUCAAGUCGAUGCGCAGCAACAGCCUGGGCAGCAGUCGCCUCAGCCGCAUGACGUCGCAGAUCAGCGACGUGGGCCUGGAGGACAUCGUGGAGGAGGGCGCCGGCAACGCCAACGGCGCCGCUGCCGCCGCGGCUGCCGAGCAGGCCGAUAGCGCCAGCGGCCACAGCGGCAACAUGCCUGAGCGCGUCUCCUCCGGCCGUGCACCGCCGCCUGCGCCGAGCGCCGGUGCCGCCCGCAUCGGCGCGCCUGUGGGCAGCACCGGCAGCCUUGGCCAGCUCGGGUCUGAUGCCGCGGCCGCAGCUGCUACCGCCGGCGUCAAGCAGCCGCCUGCAGCCGCCUCUGCGCCGGAGCCGGAAGAGGAGCCGCUGGUGCCUGCCUGGAAGGUCCUGGCGCCGCGGCGGAGCGGUGACGGCACGGCCGGCGGUGCCGGCAGCGCCGCCGGCGCCACGCCGGUCGAGGCCGUGGCGGCGGGGCUGUCGCCGUCCGGCUCCGCGCCGGGCAUGCUGCGGCAGGCGUCGCUUCGCUCCAUGCGCUCCGGCAGCCUCGGCCACAGCCGCCUCAGCCGCAUGACCAGCGGCAGCGGUGCCAUUGAGGAGGCCGGCUCGCCCGCCGCGGCGGACGAUAACGCCGCCGCCACGGCGGCCGCCGCGGCGGCAGCGCCGGCGCCGGCCGCCGCAGCCGACGCCGUGGCCCCAGAUGGCGACAGCCUGGGCGUCAAGACAGCGGGGGUGCGCGCGCUGGCCGUCGGCCUGACGGCCGCCGCCGGCUCCGCCGCCGCCGGUGCCGCCACUGGCAGCGAGGCGCAGGUGCUCGUCACCGGCGACAACACGCUGGACUUCAGCAACCUGACGCUGGCGCACAUGCCCACCUCGGCAAAGUUCGACCGCGGCAGCACCGCCUCCGCCAGCUACGUCGGCGGCCCGCCCGCCGCCGGCACCGCCAGCUCUUCCUUCUCGCUGCCCAACCCCAGCGCCGCCAUGGCCGCGCCCUCCGUCCCGCCGUCGCUGCUGACGGCGGCGGGCCCUAUCAAGGAGGAGGAAGCUGGCCCAGGCACUCCUGCCAGCAGCACCAAGCAGGCAGCAUCGCCAGUAGCCGCUGCCGCAGAGGCAGCGGCGGCGGAUGCGGCGGGUGCGGCGCCCGCUGCGCGGUCAGCGGCGGUGGCUGCGCCGCGCAUGUCACCUGCGGCGGCAGAAGCCGCUCCGCAGGAGAUGGAGAGGAGCGCGCCGGCGGCGAAGCCGGAGGCAGCAGCCGCGGCGAAGCCGGCGCAGCAGCGCGGGGGCUUCAUGUCUUGCUUUGCUUGCUUCGGCAAGCCGAAGGUCACCGAGUAGGCAGGGGGCACCGGGGUGUCACCCCGGGAACGACGGGCCCGAAUGCGUGUGUCAUACGCGACUGCGCCAUUCGUUCUUGCAGCCGUUAUCCGCUCGUGUGCACCGCAGGUGCCAGCAGGUUCAGCAGUCAGCAGGAGUUCACUUGGACGCAGGAGAGACAAGAGAACAAAAAGCAGUUAGAUCACACCUCGGACGCGUACACCAGAUCCUGAGCAUGCAUGUUAUUGUUAGAUGAGUGGCUUAGGUUCCGCCAAUGGCGCGCGUGGAACUUGUAAGUUGAGGCAAUGCGAUCCUGUCUGCCGCCAGUGCAGGCGAUGCGUCGGGGUUAUGGAACUUGUGUACAUGCUUGUGAUGAGCGCACAAGCAGGGGCCUGAAGGUGAUAAUCUGCCAUCCCUUGCUGUUAGGCAUAGUGUGGUGGCGUGCGCGCGUGUGAGUGUGUAUACCUGCGCUGGGGGGUUGGCGGGGGAAAGCGGCAGUGCCACCAAAUCCAGGGGGUCUGCCGGCAGGCGUGGUGGUGGCGGUGGUGGUGGUGGUGGUGGUGGUGGUGGUGGUGGUGGUGGUGGUGGUGGUGGUGGUGGUGGUGGUGGUGGUGGUGGUGGUGGUGGUGGUGGGUGUUUCACGUGGGUGGUAUUCGCUCACGACUGUGUGCAUGGUGCCAGUCGAAGCAACUUGAGUGAGCAAUGGCUUGAGGGCGCAACGGCACGCAACCAGUACCUUGCUUGCAAGUGCAUGGGAGGACCGGGCGUAGGAUUUUGGAUCGUACUGCUGGUGCGUUUUGGUGGCAAGCAAUUAAUUUCGUGCGUCCGGGUGGGUGUGCACGGUUGGAUCAAUGCGACAGCGAUGCUACAUGUGAUCAUGCUGAGGCGAAACCCGUGCUGCCAGGUCAACCUUCGGACGCGGAAGGUCAACGUGAUUGUGGUACGUCAUUCAUGGAGGAAGGGGGAAGGGGCCAGUUCAGCGGCGCAUGCUGCUAGUGUGGGUUUACGGAGGUGGGAAGGCUGCAGGCCAGCGCAGUCUUCCGAAUGUAACGAAGCGUUAAU